AUGAUCCAACGCGGGUGGAUUUGCAGAGAAGGUAUUCUCAGGCAGCUCAAUGCAAGCAGCAUCAGAAGCAUAUCCAGGCGCAGUAUUUCUACAUCCCCAGCACCAAAGGAGGAGCCAACGGCAUCCCCAGCCACCUCCUCAGCUACAUCUCUAAAAAGAAUCAUUGCAGACUCCAUCAAAGCAACAGGCCCUAUUCCAGUAGCCAGGUAUAUGUCAGCCUGCACUUAUCAUCCUACUGAGGGUUAUUACAGCCGUAAAGACAAAGAUCCAAUCAGCAAGCACGGCGACUUUAUUACUUCCCCUGAAAUAUCUCAAAUAUUCGGAGAGUUAAUUGCCGUUUGGUUUCUCCAUCAGUGGCAUGCUCUGAGACAUGACUUAUCACACACGUCGAAUAACCCUCCAAAGAAAGUCAGAUUCGUUGAGCUCGGACCCGGAAAUGGUACUCUGAUGGCUGAUGUUCUGCGUACCUGGCAAUCCUUCCCCACCGCUUGGGAGAACUUGGAAAGUGUGCAGCUAGUCGAGACAUCGCCAGCCUUAAGAGAUACUCAGAAAGCUGCUUUGGAGGGAUUUGGGAAGGGUUUAAAAUUUCAUGAUAGAGUCCAGCACAUUGACAAAGAUGAGAGCACGUUCACUUUUGUGCUCGCGCAUGAAUUCUUCGAUGCCCUCCCGGUACAUCUUUUCCAAAAAACAGAUGCAGGAUUCAGAGAAGUUCUGGUAGAUCUCAUUAAUCCACGCAUACGCUCAGAAGAGAGCGAGCAGGAAGUUACAAACGAGAAUAAUAAAUGGCUAGACGGAGAUGCUGGCUUCAAGUAUAUAGUCAGCAAGCAACAGUCAGCCAUGAGCUCAUUGAUACCGAUGGUUGCACCCCACAUAUUUUCAGGCGAGGGCAAGGAGGAAGAAGGGCAGCGAGUCGAGCUCGGCAUAGAAAGCUACCAUAUUGGCAACUCUAUAGGCCAACUUUUGCGUAAAACAUCCGAAAAUGCGGCAGGCGGCUGUGCUCUUUUUGUCGACUACGGUAAGGAUGGAUGGACGGGUGACACAUUGCGAGGAUUCAAGAAUCAUCAGCAAGUAGAUGUAUUGAGUGCGCCCGGAGAAUGCGAUAUUACAUCUGAUGUUGACUUUGGAGUUUUGAGGGAAGCGCUCGCUCACAAUGAUACUGACACGAUUGGUUCUGAGGUUAUCACUCAGCGGGACUUCCUCGUCAAGAUGGGUGUGGCGGCAAGGUUGGAUACCUUACUUAAUAGCGCACAGUCUAAUGAGACUAAAUUAUCCAUCGCUAGUUCUGCGAAACGGUUGCUCGAUGUGCGCGGUAUGGGCAGCCAGUACAAGUUCAUGGCUGCAUUCAACACGAGUCACCACAAUCGCUAUCCUUUUAUCUAG